AUGGUAUCAGAAGAGCCACCAUCAAACGAGUCACCGAUCCAAGUUACCACCAUGUCUUCCUCCUCUGAUCAAAACCCAAACUUCAACCUCAAUACACAACCUCCUUCCGUAGCAGAAAAACCUCUCAUUGCCCUAAACAUCACUGCCCAAAUCAAUGAAAAGUUGACUCCCUCCACCUUUCCUCAAUGGCGUGCUCAAUUUGAAGCACUCCUUAUUGGCUAUGACUUACUAGAUUAUGCCGAAGGCACCCUUCGGUGCCCCACUUCGACUGGCACCGCAGCUGAUGAGCUGCGCAAGAUCCAUUGGAUCCGACAGGAUAAGCUUAUCCUAAGUGCCCUUCUAGCCUCUACAGCCCCGUCAAUCACCCCACUCAUUGCUACGGCAAAGACCUCCCAUGAAGCUUGGAAAAAGCUCAACAAUUUAUACGCUAGUCGCUCACGCACUCGUGCUAUGCAAUUAAAGGAGGAACUCACCUUAAUCCAGCAUGGAAAUCGGUCAAUCACGGAGUAUCUCCAUGCGGUGAAGGCCUUGGCUGAUGAAAUAGCCAUCAUUGAUCAUCCAAUUUCGGAUGAUGACCUAACCCUUUAUGUAUUAAAUGGCUUAGGUCCAGAUUUUCGGGAAAUCGCAGCACCGAUCCGAGCCCGAGAAUCCUCUCUCGCCUUUGAAGAGCUGCACGAUCUGCUGGUUGGUCAUGAAGCGUAUCUGAGACGCUUGGAAGCUGCAACGCAGCACCUGGUUGCUUCCGCCAAUUUCACGAAGACGAAGCAUUUCGCACAAGGGGGAAAUUCGUCGUGGCCCUCCAAGAAAACUGAUUCCUCUCGUGGGCCUCGCGGAUCCAGCCCAGGUCAUGGCGCUCCAUGCGAUGGACGUCGCUCCCACGCAAGUUCUGGCAGGCCCAAUAACUUCACUCGCCGAUACCAGCCCAAAGCAAAAACAGCACAUGAUUAA